AGGACCCUGGAGGAGUACACCCCUCCAUCCACAAGCCAACACGCCAGUCCUACUAUUGAUCGUAUUGUAAUGACAGUAUCGGCAGAAUUUCAAGCAGAUAUCUUACUGGACAAGACGGCAGAUGCCGGAUCUCCGUCGCGCAAGCGCAGGAAAAAAAGCGACGUAGACUCAGCGCCACUCUCACAGAGUUCAUCCGAUGUACCAUCCAACGCUGAAGCAGUGACUGCACUCAACGAUUGCUUGCUGGAUCUAUCCCACAUUGCGAAACUAAAGCAGAGCUAUCCAUCAGCCCCGGGUUAUCCGCAUUGUGUCGUGAAAGACGUGCUAGAGGCAAAGUUUUUUCGUGAGCUCCGCGAGGAGAUGGUUACCUCCCUGGCGGCUACCUUCAAAGAGACCGACUUGUUCAAAUUGUACCAGACAGGUGACCUGGCAAAUCUAGACGGGAGUGAUCCAGAAGUAAGACGCAAGAUGCCUCGAUUGCUAGCCCUGCGUGAUGCAAUUUAUUCCCCGAAAUUUCGUGCCUUUGUGCGGGAGAUUACUGGGUGCCGACCCUUGACCGACCGCACCGAUUGCUCCUCCAAUCUGUACACGCAAGGCUGCCACUUGCUCUGCCACGAUGACGUGAUUGGGACGCGUUGUAUCUCCUUCAUCAUUUAUCUCACGGACCCGGAUGAGACCUGGGGAGCAGAGGACGGAGGAGCCUUGGAGAUCUACCCCCUCUCUGGAGAUUCCCUGGGCGUCCCGAAGGCGGUGCCUCUUCAAAACCAUCCGCCCAAACCCAACACCAUGGCAUUUUUCACUGUCCUUCCUGGACAGAGUUUCCACGCAGUGGAGGAGGUGUACAGCGAGAAGAUGCGUUUGAGCAUUUCCGGCUGGUACCAUGCCGACGACCCCCCCAUGGGCGCCGAGGCGUUGGCCUCCCUUAACCAGCUGCAGAUGCGACAAGACGAGACCCCGCAAGCAUUCUCACCCCUUCGACUGGCACGUGCCUUGCACCGCACCGCGUCGGGGCCCGAUUCUGUAAACCCCCUCUUGGCAAGGUGGGUCAAUCCGACCUACCUGACGCCGGGUGCCAUCGAGCAGAUCGCCGCACGUUUUCAGGCUGACAAGAGCAUACUGCUGCAUGAAUUCUUGUUGCCCUGUGUGGCCAUGCAAGCUGCACGCUUGUUGCGGUCGCAGGACCAGGCAGACAGGGUGGGCGGGGGGCAGAAGCCAACCUCCGAGGUUGGUCUGGCGAUGAUGCCGUGGGAGCUGAUAGGCCCUCCCCACAAACAGCGUUACCUGCGCUUGGGGGCCACUGGUCUUUCAAGCGACCCUGUGGAAAAAGCAAAGACGGCCACGGAUUUGAUGGCGGCUUUGCGUGGCCUCUUUGGCUCGGAAGCCUUUGCCCGGUACCUCGCCCGCUUGACGGGUUCAAUUCCAAGCGGGGUCAGGACAGAAGCCCGGCGUUUCCGUCCCGGCCUUGACUACACUCUGGCGCAUUACGGUAUUCUCACCAAGGACCCUCGGUUGGACGCGACCCUUGCCUUCGUGGAUGACGGCAACAAGGCGAAAAAGGAACUGUGGGAAUCGGGGGACGUGGGCGGUUUCGGCUGUUACAUCAAGGCGGAGGUCGGGAAUGAUGGCGCCGAGGCCGCUGAGAGCUACCGACGACAGGCGCAUGCGGAGGAGGAUGAUCAGGUCUUGAAUGUAUCCGCAGCGCACAACGCGUUGAGCCUGGUGCUGAGGGAGACCCAGGCGAUGCGUUUUGUGAAAUAUGUGAGCGCCGCGGCGCCGGGAAGUCGUUGGGACGUGGUGUCAGAGUAUUGUUUGGAUGGAGAGGAGAGGGUGUCAGACAGAUGA